AUGUCAUUACCACCAUUACCUACCUCAUUAAAACCAUUUUUAAAACCAUAUUUACCUUCAAAUUCAAAUGAUAAUCAUAUAACAUUAACUUAUGCACAAUCAUUAGAUUCAAGAAUUGCAUUAAAAAGAGGUUUACAAACUAAAAUAUCACAUUUAGAAACAAAAACAAUGACUCAUUAUAUAAGAUCAAAACAUCAAGCUAUAUUAGUUGGAAUAAAUACAGUAUUGGUAGAUGAUCCAAAAUUAAAUUGUAGAUAUAAUGAUGAAGAUAAUUUGAAUUUAAAUGGAAUAAGACCUAUAAUAAUUGAUCCUUCAAAUAAAUGGAAUUAUGAUGAUUCUCAAUUAUCUAAAAUUUGCGAAAAAGGUGAAGGAAUAUCUCCAUUUAUAUUAAUUGAUGAAUCAAUUACAGAUCCUAAAAAUAGUAAUAAACUAAAAGAACAAGGUGGAAAAUAUAUUUCAUUACCUUUACUUAAGAAUAGAAAAAAUAAUUGGGAAAUUAUAAUUAAAAAAUUAAAUGAAUUAGGUAUAAAUUCAAUAAUGAUUGAAGGUGGUUCAACAAUUAUUAAUGAAAUAUUAGAAUAUCCUAAAAAAAUUUAUGAUGUUUUAAUUAUAACUAUUGCUCCUAUAUUUUUGGGAAAGGAAGGAGUUGAAGUAUCACCAAAUAAACAAAUUGAAUUUUCAAAUGUUAAUUGGUGGACUGGAAUACAAGAUAGUGUAAUGUGUUGUACUCCAAAGGAAUAA